AUGAUGUCGUGUUUCGAUGAAGAUACAUUCAAAUUGAAUGUACCAUUCCAUUUGGGAGUGUUGCGUAGUCAACACGAUUUACGAAUGGAUCGAAGUCCAUCAUCGAAUGACCGUAAAAGUACUUUAAAGAAGGGUAUAGGACGUUCUCGUUCUCAUACUCGCAGAAAUGAUUUUGAGCGAGAUCUACCAUUACAAAACAGUCCUACAAAAAAAGAUAUAGAAGGAUCUACAAUUCCUCUGGAUGUCAUCAAAGGAAAACAAGUGAAUCACAAAGUGAAAAAUGUCAAUACAAAGAAGAAUAUUAAUGUUUCUGGAAAAAUUUGUGAAAUACAAUAG